AUGCUAUCAUUAGGUGAUUACAAAGAUAUAGCGAAUGCCAUGUUAAUUCAUUUGGUGAUGGAAAGAGUGGACGAAGAUUCGCAGGUCAAAUGGGAAGAGUCAGUGGAUUACAGGAAGCUGUCAACUUGGAAUGAAUGUUCAGCAGUUUUGACGAGGCGAUGUGAGAACCUUGAGGCAAGAGAACAUAAAGUUAAUCAAGUGAAUUCAAAGGCUUUAAACUAUCAAAAAGAGUAUAGAAAUAACCGCAACUACUCAACCUCUCUUGCAGUUUCAAAACCUUUAUGUGAAGUCUGCAAUGGCAGUGGCCACGAGAUUGCAGAUUGUAGCAAGUUUAGAAAGCUUUCUUUAAAAGAACGCUUUAUCGUAGCACGGAGAAUAAAGGUAUGUUUUAUAUGUUUGAAAAGGGGACACCUUCAAAAAGAAUGCUCUGCUGUUAAAUGCUCGAAAUGUAAUUUAUCUCAUCAUCAACUUUUACAUAAAGAUUAUAUCUUGGAGCCAAAUGAACAAAGAUGCAAAAAUGGGCCAUCUACGUCAACACAGGAGACAGCUCAGUCAUCAGUUAUGAACGUAAUGACUGAAAAUGAGGUUUUUUUGGCAACAGCAGUAGUAAUGGUAGCGGACAAGUUUGGCAAAUAUCACCAAAUGCGAGCCAUAUUAGAUUCUGGCUCUCAAGUAAAUUUGAUGUGUGAGAAAGUUGCUCAAAAACUGUUAUUAAAAAAAACGUCUUUCAGUCUGCAAUUUUAUGUUUUACCGAAAAUAACAAGCUCCAAACCUAACCGUUAUGUCGAUGUUGCGGACUGGAAUUUACCAAAAAAUAUUCAAAUGGCUGAUCCAAUGUUCAAUAAGCCAGCGCGUAUAGAUAUUUUAAUUGGUGCGGAAAUUUUCUUCGAUUUGUUGUCGAUUGGACGAAUUUAUCUUAAUGAAAGGUUGCCAACCCUACAGAAAUCCAUACUAGGGUGGAUAGUUGCAGGCAAAGCAGAAGAAUGUUUAGCGCCUAGUCAUAAAAUAAAUAAUAUGCUGGUCAAUCACAACCAUAAUGAGAAUGAAAACUUGAGUCAAUUGGUUGAAAAAUUCUGGAAAAUAGAACAGAUUUCAACUAAAUCAAAUUUUUUAACCGAAGAAGAAGAGGAAUGCGAGAAAAUUUUCCGUGAAUCAAUUCGUAGAGAUACAUCUGGCCGAUUUAUUACGAAAAUUCCAUUUAAAACAACAGUAAGUGAUUUGGGUGGUUCCUAUAAUGCUGCCAAACGACGGUUGCUGUCACUAGAGCGUAGGUUGAGUAGAGAUCGCUCUACACGAGACGCUUACAACGCAUCGUUGAAGAAGCUGAUAUGGAUAAGAUAA